UAUAACAGAUAGUAUAUUUGAAUUUAAGAUUUUGUCUGUGUAAGUAUAGCGAACAUACAUAAGAGCCUGGGAAUAAUAAAAAGCAGAAAUUAACAAAUUAAAAACAGUAAUAUAUACUCUAAUUUCUAACCAAAAGCUUUUAAUGAAAGGCAAAUUUUGUGCCAAUAUUUAAUGCAUGUCUGCAUGGUUAAAAGUCUGGAAUGAAAUGUGAAAUAGGAAACCUUUUGUUUUCUUACCAUUUUACACAUAUCUUUCCAAUUGAACAAAAACCCAUCUUUGCUUUUAAUAAAUGUAGCUACGAUUUCAGCAGAAAUAAAAUAAUUAAUUAAUACUUAGGUGAUUAUUCUUCAAAAGUAUCACCCAAGUACUUUUCCCUUUCUUACAGUGUUGUCAGUGAGAGCACAAAAUUUCAUUUGCUGUUUUCAGAAAUGCAACCAAGCUCCUCCCUCCAUCCCUCCCACAGGCAUCACACUACUAAGAAAACUUUCUGCAUGGGAGCUGGCUCAGGAGAAAUGUUGCUGUUUGGAAUGGAAAGGUGAAGGUGAGAAAACCAAAACUUUCUAUCUCCUUGGAGAUAACAGCCAGCCAACAUUACCUUCAGAAAUUUGUUUGAAGGCUUUUCUAGUUUGCAGGGGAUAUUUUACCUCUAGCACUGGAGACAAACACUCACAAAGAAAAAUGGAUCCCUUGUUUUGGCCAUCAGAAACUAACAGAUUUCGACGAUUCACCCCUGAAUCCUUGGCAGCAAUUGAGGAAAGGAUUGCCAACAAAAAAAAGAAGCAAGUAAAAGUUAAAGAGAAGAAAAAGGAGCAAGGAGUUGAAGAAGAUAAACUUACUCCUCAGCUGGACCUGAAAAUUUGCAAAACGUUGCCAUCUCUGUAUGGGGACAUUCCUGAAGAGCUGGUUGGGGAACCCCUGGAGGAUUUUGAUCCAUACUACAGUGAUCACAAGACUUUUAUGGUGUUAAAUAAAAGGAGGACUAUUUUCCGGUUUAGUGCCACACCUGCCUUGUUUAUAUUUGAUCCUUUUAAUCCUGUCAGAAAAAAUGCAAUUAAAAUUCUGAUCCAUUCAGUGUUUCUUGGCAUUAUUACAUUUACUGUGUUACUCAAUUGUAUGGCUAUGACUAUCCCUCACCUUCUCACAGAAGCCUACUGGACUGAGCAUGUUUUCACUGCUAUAUAUACUAUUGAAAUAUUGAUUAAAGUAGUAGCAAGAGGAUUUGUUUGGAGUGAAUUUACUUUUCUUCGAGAUCCAUGGAACUGCUUGGAUUUUUUUAUCAUUAUUGUAAUGUACAUUACUACAUUUCAUAGUGUUGGCAAUGUUUCAAUUCUUCGAACUUUCAGAGUACUGAGGACUUUGAAAGCUAUUUCAGUAAUACCAGGUCUGAAAGUCAUUGUAAAUUCACUUGUUGAGUCUGUUAAGAAGCUCUUGGAUGUGCUGAUCCUGACUGUAUUUUGCUUGAGUGUAUUUGCACUAAUAGGCCUCCAGCUUUUUAUUGGCAAUUUACAAGCCAAAUGUGUCCUCGAUGUAACUCAGUACAAUGACUCAUUAUGUAAGGAUCCCAAGAUACAUCUACCAAGUGAUACAGGUAAAAGUUUUUAUUUUCUCCCUUUACAUAACCUGUGUAUAUUCCGAUACACUUCUGAAAUAUUGCUGUGUGGAAAGGGGUGUCCAGAAAACUACACCUGUGAGAAGAUUGGGAACAAUCCUGACUUUGGUUAUACAAGUUUUGACCAUUUUGGCUGGGCUUUCCUCUCUGUGUUCCGUCUGAUGACCCAGGACUACUGGGAGCGUCUCUACAGACAAACCAUCCGUACAUCUGGAAUGUCCUGCAUCUUUUUUUUUAUGGCAGUCAUCUUCUUCUGCUCAUUUUAUCUCUUCAAUCUGAUCUUGGCUGUGGUAACUAUGGCAUAUGAAGAGGAAAACAGAGCUACCCGUGCUGAGACAGAGGCAAAGGAAAAACUGCUUCAGGAUGCCAGAAAAGUUAUAGAGAAGGAACAGAUGUUGGCUGUGGAAGAAAGCAGUAAGGCCUUGCAUGCUGGGCCUGAAAUGUCAGUUGCUGACUUGAAAAAUUCAGAAGGAAAAGAGAGUAAUAAAGGAACACCUACUUCAAGGCAAAGCUUAAUUUCAGAUGGCCAGGAAAAGGAGGAGCAAAUAUUUCGUUCUCAGCCCGAUCGCUGCCACAGGAAGCUUAGGCAGAUCCUGCUGUCCUAUGAGGUCUCAGUGGAUGCUAUCAAUGAUCCUGUCCGAAGGCAGAGGUUAAUGAGUGCAGCCACAAUUCUUACAGAUAAUUCAAAAUCAAAACUGAACUGUCCUACAUUUUGGAAAAAUUUCCCUCAAAAGUAUCUAAUUUGGAAUUGCUGUCCAUUCUGGAGAGCAGUCAAAGGGAAGAUGAAAUUGGUAAUUUUGAAUCCAUUUGUUGAUCUCUUAAUCAUGGUUUGCAUUAUCUUGAAUACCUUGUUCCUGGCUAUGGAGUACCCUGGCAUGCAACCACAUUACCAAGAACUGAUUUCUCUAAGUGACAAGGUCUUCACCCUGAUUUUUACUGUAGAAAUGAUCUUGAAAAUCAUUGCUCUAGAUCCUUACUACUAUUUCCAGGACAAGUGGAAUGUUUUUGAUAGUGUGGUUGUUUUGAUUGGCCUAGCGAGCUUUAGAACAAAUCUGUCACCUUUCAGGCUGCUCAGGAUCUUCAAAUUGGCAAAGUCCUGGCCAGCCUUAAAUACUCUUAUGAAAAUAAUUCUACACUCAUUUGGUGCACUGAGUAACCUCACUCUGGUUUUGGCAAUCACUAUAUUUAUUUUUGCUGUAGUAGGAAUGCAGAUUUUGGGCAAUGAUUAUCUCUUAAACUCUAUAAAAAUAAACCCCCAUGGCGAAUUACGCUGGCAUAUGAUAGAUUUUAGUCAUUCAAUCCUCAUUAUAUUCCGAAUAUUAUGUGGAGAAUGGAUUGAAACUAUGUGGGAAUGCAUGGAAGUGGCUGGAAAAAGGAAAUGUCUCAUCAUUUUCUUGCUUGUCCUGGUGCUAGGAAAUCUGGUGGUGCUCAACCUGUUCAUUGCUUUGCUGCUGAGUUCAUUCAACCUUGAUGGCACAGAGGGACAAGAGGAGGCUGGAGAAGGGUCUAAAUACCAGAUUGCCAUUGCACAGAUUCACAAGAGCCUGAAGGCUGUGAAAGACAGAAUUUGGGAUCACUGCUGCAAAAGAAUGAGGGGAAGCCUCAGAAGAGCAGACAAAAAGAAGACUUUGGCAGAAGUUUCUGGGAAGGGCAUAGAGGUUACUAAUUAUGCCAUGACAGAUGUCAGGAAAUACAUAGACAAGGGCUCCUUUGAUAUAGAGCAUUGCCAUAUGGAUGAGAGUUCCUCACUGGCAAGGAAAUAUGAAGAAAUUUUGACCAGCCACAGUACCUGUGUUCCCAUUGCAGCAGCAGAAGGUGAUGAUGGGCACAUUUUGCACACAGCUGCAGAAUGCAGGAAACAGAAAUAUCAUUCUGUUCGUAGCUUUUCUGAAGCCAGCACUGUGGAUCCAGUUGUUCUUCUGGAAAUGUUUUCCCAGACUAAAAACUCACAGCUGCCUAAGGACUGCUUUCUAGAAAGUUGUGUUGAGUGUUUCCCAUGUUGUGUAGUGGAUAUCACAAAGUUUCCAGGCAAAACUUGGUGGAACUUUAGAAAAACCUGCUACAAAAUUGUGAACCAUAGCGGGUUUGAAUAUUUUAUGGUUUUUAUGAUUGUAUUGAGCAGUGCAGCACUGGCAUUUGAAGAUGUUCACCUGCAAAAGAGGGAAAAAGUGAAAAUUAUCCUAGAUUAUGCUGAUAUCAUAUUUACCUACACCUUUUUUAUGGAGAUGCUUCUGAAAUGGGUAGCUUUUGGUUUGCACAGUUAUUUCACAAAUUCUUGGUGUUUGCUUGACUUCAUCAUUGUUUGUCUGUCCUUUGUUUCCUGGGGACGAAAUUCUGUUUCUGGAAAUUCCACAACUUGUUCCUCUGGGACCAGUCUGAAAUCUCUCAGGACUUUUAGGGCGCUGCGGCCUCUACGAGCUUUGUCAAGAUUUGAAGGGAUAAAGGUUGUUGUGAAUGCACUCUUUGGAGCCAUCCCCUCCAUCUUCAACGUUUUGCUCGUCUGCAUUUUCUUUUGGCUCCUCUUUAAUGUUCUAGGAGUAAAAUGGCUUGGAAGCAGAUUUUGGAAGUGCACAUUUAAAAAAGAAAGUAUUGGUUGCAUUCAUGGCAAAAAUGAUUGUAUUUCCAACGAUGGGACAUGGACAAAUAGUGUUGUAAAUUUUGACAAUGUUGGCAUGGGAUACUUGGCUCUUCUCCAAGUGGCAACUUUUAAAGGUUGGAUGGAUAUUAUGUAUGCAGCAGUGGAUUCACGUGGGAUUGAUGAACAGCCACAGUUUGAAGCAAACUUACGCAUGUAUGCAUUCUUUGUGGUUUUCAUUAUUUUUGGAUCUUUCUUCAUGCUGAACCUUUUCAUUGGAGUGGUUAUCAGCAAUUUUAACCAGCAAAGGAAAAAGAUAAGUGGGAAAGACCUAUUUUUGACUGAGGAACAGAAAAAGUACUAUAAUGCCCUAAAAAAACUUGGAUCCAAGAAACCCCAAAAACCCAUCCCAAGACCAUCGAAUGCAUUCCUGGGAUUGCUGUUUGACAUCGUAUCUCACAAAGCUUUUGACAUCACCAUUGUGAUUUUCAUCUGUCUAAAUAUGGUCGUUAUGAUGGCAGAAAACAAUGACAGAGCCACCAAGGAGGUUCUGAAUAAAAUCAACUAUUUUUUUGUGGCUGUAUUCACUGCAGAAUGUGUCAUAAAAAUACUGGCCUUAAGGCACUACUACUUUGGAAGCGGCUGGAACGUGUUUGAUUUCAGUGUUGUGAUCCUUUCAAUAGUGAGUCUUGGAGUUUCUGAAGUGUUUAAAUCUUUCUUCUCUCCUACGGUUUUGAGAACUCUUCGUUUGGCGCGGGUUGGCCGAAUCCUGAGAAUAGUUCGCAAAGCCAAAGGAAUUCGAACUCUUCUUUUUGCACUGCUGAUGUCUCUUCCUGCACUGGUCAACAUUGGCCUUUUGCUUUUCCUGAUUAUGUUCAUUUAUGCCAUCGUGGGCAUGGCAAACUUUGCCUGUAUCCCCUUUCAGGGUGGGAUUGAUGAUAUUUUCAACUUCCAAACAUUUUGUGGUAGCAUUCUCUGCCUCUUCCAAAUUACCACAUCAGCUGGUUGGGAUGGUCUUCUGGCCCCUGUGCUAAAAGAAUCUGAUUUAUGUGCUCAACAAUUAAAUGUCACAGAGCCAAACAAAAAUAAUUGCAUAAAUAAGGGCUUUGGUAUUUUAUAUUUUGUAAGCUAUGUCAUUAUAUCGUUUCUCAUUGUUGUAAAUAUGUACAUAGCUGUCAUUUUAGAGAACUUCAGUGUCGCCACUGAGGAAAGCGCAGAUCCUCUUUGUGAGGAUGACUUUGAUAUGUUUUAUGAGACAUGGGGAAAGUUUGACCCUCUGGCAACGCAGUUCAUAGAUUAUUCUGCUCUUUCAGACUUUGCAGAUGCACUGGCAGAGCCCUUGCGCAUCCCAAAGCCUAAUAAAAUCCAGCUCAUAGCCAUGGACAUCCCUAUAGUCAGUGGAGAUAAGAUCCACUGCUUGGAUAUCUUGCUGGCUUUCACUAAAAGGGUCUUGGGAGAAUCUGGAGAUCUGGAGAGUCUUGAAUUAAACAUGGAAGAAAAGAUUGCAGCUGAAAAUCCAUCUAAAAGUUGUUACAGCCCAAUUUCUUCUACCCUUAGAAGAAAACAAGAGGAAGUGUCAGCUCUUGUUAUUCAAAGGGCCUUCAGGAAGCAUUUGAGACAACGUUCUCUUGAAAGUAUGUCCUUAAACCAUUGUAAACAUAACAGUGCUGUCUUUGAACAAGAAAUACAGGACAAGCAAAGUCUUCUUGAAUCAGUGCUUAAUGAAAAUCAUGGUAGGAAGGCAGAUAAAUUACGUCCUACUUCUUCCAUAUCCCUCCCUUUAUUUUAUGAUGGUGUUGCUGAGACACACAGGAAUAGGCUUAACACAUGAGGUUGCCCCUGGCUGCAGCAUUUUCAAUUAAACCAAUGUAACUUAUUUUCAGACAGAGACCAUGUUUUGAUCCCACAAAUGCUCUAUAUUUAGAAUAAUAGUGGCAGCCUUCAAGUAUUGUAGUUGUUCAGAUAUGCCAAUGCUCCUUAAAGCACUUAAGAUUUUAACAACUAUGACAUAAAUAUUAGAGGAAAAUCAAACCAUGGAAUUUUUUUCCUCAGCUACCAGAGUUGGCAAGUUAAUUUUUUCAGCUGUCAUUUUUAUAUUAGUUCACAUGUUUACAGAAGAAGCCUGUAAAAGAUCAGUUGUUAGCACUUAUUUAUAAACACACAAGGGUAUAGAAUAAGGUAUAUGUCUUUAGGGAGGAAUAAUUUUUCCAAACAGGCUUUAUUAUAGAAAAGUUAAGUAAUAAAUGCACUUCUGCAAAAGAGCUCACUCAAGACACUUGGGUAUAUUCAGCCUCUAAUUUUGAUGGUUUUGGGACCAUCCUCCUCCUAAUAUCUUUGAAUGGAUUUGUUUAUGUCUAAGAAUUUUUGAGGUAUCUUUAUAGAAACACCUAAAGGGAUUUAACAGAUCAUCCUGAAAGUUGUACGUAAUUUGUUCUUUGUAUUAUUCAGUGUAGGAAAAUUGUUGUAAUCAUAAUUAAAAUCAAAGAAUGUUGUGCAAGAGGUACUGCUUCCAGAAAGGAAUAAUUGUACAUAAAAUCCCAUCAUUAUACUUUUUCCCUUGAAAGUUCUACUUAGUAAUCCGAAAAGAAAUUCAUGAUGUGUCUUGUGAGGUAGAAUUUAUUAAAUUUAGAGAAAGCAUUUCAUUGAUUCUGAAAAAAAUGUAUGAACUAUGUGUAUUAUUUUACAUAUUUUUUUUUUUAUUUUGCAGUUUGGAAUAUGACUGAUUUAGAUUCUUCAAUAAAGACUUCAGAUGCUUAA